GGACACUCAAGGGUGCCAAAUUGUUGAACAAGUCCGCCAAAAACAUUGGGGCCCCGGUCCCCAGUCUCCACCGGCAGCAGCCGGCACUGGCCAGGAAAGUCGGUCCACCCUCGAGCCACCCUUGCACCCUAGCUCCCACCCCCGUCCGACAAAGUUUCUCGAACUCCUUUUAUCAAUUGACAGCCCCGACUUUGCGGACCCGAUUGCUACCUUCGAAACAGCUCUCGUGCAACUCUCGCCUUUCACCUCGAACCACCACAAGAGAGCUCGAGGAGCAUUGAGAAGCAAAAAUGGCCGACUCAUUGCUUGCGCGCAAGUACGUCGAUGGCAUCUACAUCCCCCUCGGUUUGCUCGUUGUUGGCACCGCCAUCGUGAAGCGCGAGUGGACGGCCUACGCGUUGCUGUUGGGGGUUGUCCUGGGCAGCAUCAAGUACUACAACAACCUCCCCAAGGUGGUCCUUAAGCCGGACACCUUCCAAGAGUUUGAGCUCAAGGAAAAGACCAUCAUCUCGCACAAUGUCGCCAUCUACCGCUUCUCCCUCCCCUCCCCGAGCUCCAUCCUCGGCCUUCCCAUCGGCCAGCACAUCUCCAUCGGCGCUACACUAGGCCAGCCCGACGGCACGAAGAAGGAGAUCGUCCGGUCGUACACGCCCAUCUCGGGCGACCACCAGCCGGGGUACUUCGACGUUCUGAUCAAGUCGUACCCGCAGGGCAACAUCAGCCGGCACAUGGCGACGCUGGCGGUGGGGCAGACGAUCCGGGUGCGCGGGCCCAAGGGCGCCUUCGUGUACACGCCCAACAUGGUGCGCCACUUCGGCAUGGUGGCCGGCGGCACGGGCAUCACCCCCAUGCUGCAGGUCGUCAAGGCCAUCAUCCGCGGCCGCGCCGCCGGCGACCGCACCCAGGUCGACCUCAUCUUUGCCAACGUCACCGAGCAGGACAUCCUCCUGCGCGAGGACCUCGACCAGCUCGCCCGCGAGGACAAGGGCUUCCGCGUGCACUACGUGCUGGACAAGCCGCCCGCCGGGUGGGAAGGCGGUGUGGGCUACGUCACGGCUGAUAUGUUCCAGAAAUGGCUGCCCAAGGCGGCUGACGACGUCAAGAUCCUGCUGUGCGGCCCGCCGCCCAUGGUGGGCGGGCUGAAGAAGGCGGCCGAGAGCCUCGGGUUCCAGAAGGCCCGGCCCGUCAGCAAGCUGGAGGACCAGGUGUUUGCCUUCUAAGCUGCUGUGCGGCAGACGAGGCGCGAAGCCAGAUGUACGAAUCGGCAGGAGAUGUGGGGUCUGUCCUACUAUCUGGCUGCCGAGCAAACGAGACGAAACGCAAGAGAUAGACAAAAUUCCUGUAUAUGUAUCCCGGAUCAACUCCGUUGUGCGUCUCUUAGUCGCCGGUCUUGAUCAUAAUAUUAGAUGGGAGAUCUCUCAUCAUCUACUGAGGAGGGUUGGGAGUCUAGGUAAUAUACAGGCCCAUUGCCGGCCGAUCCCCAAAACCAACCAGACCAAACCAAUCCGAACCAAACCAAUCCGAACCAAACCAAUCCG